AUGAAUAAUUCCACAAACGUAACCUGUGAUGUGUAUAUGCACCAUGAGACAGCAAAAGUCAUGUUUUCUCUCUUUUACAUCAUUAUCCUCAUAGUUGGUUUAUUAGGAAAUGUUUUAGCCCUGCACAUAACAUUCCAAAAACAUCAAAAAAUCAAUUCGACCACGCUGUAUUUAAUCCACCUAGCUGUCUCAGAUGCCCUCUUCACUCUAGCUCUACCAACUAGAAUAAUCUACACCAUCCGAGGAUUUGACUGGCCGUUCAAAGAAGCACUGUGUAGAAUUUCUGCUGUCAUUUUCUAUAUAAAUACCUAUGUCAGCAUUCAGUUCAUGACCUGUUUGAGUGUUGACCGUUACAUUGCAGUGGUACACCCUCUUCGAUUUGCCAAGUUUCGGAAAGUACAAAACGUUAGAUAUAUCUGCGGUGCAGUGUGGAUCUUUGUCUUCUUUCAGACAGCGCCCUUGCUAUUUGUGACAAUGACCAAGAACAAUAAUGGCUUGGUGACUUGCAUGGAGUACCCAAACUUUGAGACAAAUACAAACUUGCCCAGGCUGCUUCUCUGUGCUUGCUUUUUGGGAUACUGCCUCCCGGUCACAGUCAUACUCUUCUGCUACUCACGAGUCAACGUGAAACUCUGCAAGACAGCAAAGGUAAACCCACUAACUGACAAGCUAGGCAGGAACAAAAAGGCGAUCACUGUGAUUCUGCUUGUUCUGCUGGCAUUUCUGAUAUGUUUCACUCCGUACCACAUCACCAUCAUACAGUACAUGGUCCGAAAGCUCAUCUCCCAACAGAGCUGCUGGCAACAACAGGUAUUCAAGGUCAGCCUGCAAGUCUCUGUCUGCUUCAUGAACCUCAACUGCUGCAUUGAUCCACUCAUCUACUUCUUUGCAUUCAAGGGUUACAAAAGAAAGGUUCUGGAUAUAAUACGGCGCCACAUCACAUUGGCUGCCUCUUUGAAGAGUAACUCGGAAAACAACAGCACCCCAGCCACCAUGAGUCAAAUCCAAGGGUCAGGAUCAGGGUCUGGAAAUUGACACUGGCCAACCUAUUGGCUUUUCACCAAAAUAUAACUUCGUUGAGUGAGAGUGGCAAACACUAGUAUUUCUUAUUGCUAGCUAGUAGGUGAUCCUUUGCCAUAUUCAAGCUGAAAUGUCGCAGGAUAGGGUUGGUGGUGGUACCUGGCUGAUUUUAUUCUGUUAACGCUGUUUACUCUUGUAAAAUGUGAAAAGCUAAUUUAGAGCAUCUUAUUCAUCCAUCAAUUUCAUCUCAACCAUGUUUUGAGCUGGAAACUGGGAAUGGCCCUUUGAGUGGCACGGUCGGUAGCACUCUUACCUCUGCUUCAAAAGGCCCUGGGUCCAUGUCCCACUCCAAAGACUUGAGCACAAAAUCUAGGCUGACACUCCCAUUGCAGUGCUGAGGGAGCUCUGUUGGGAGUGUCAUCGUUCAGAGGGAACAUUAAACCGAGGUCCCGUCUACCCUCUCAUGUGAAAAUAAAAGAAAAAAAUCCCAAAACCUGAUUUCGAAGAAGAGCUGGGGGAAUUACGUCCAUGUCCUGACCAAUUUGUAUCCUUCAGCCAACAGCAGGUCACGACCACAGUGCUAUUCUUGGGGGAGGUUUCCUGUGUGAAAAUUAGCUGUCGUGUUUACUACAUUACAACAAUGUCUACAUUUGGAAAGUACUUCAUUGGCUGUAAAGUGCUCUGGGACUUCCUGUGAGGUAGUGAAAGGCGCUAUAGAAAUACAAGCCUGGCUUGUUUUCUCAAGCUCAAACAAAGCUCACUUAUCAUAUGACGGGGCAUUAUAAGCGUGGGACAGUUGACAGAAACCAUUUCUGCGUUUCCAAAUUAAAACAGGAGCCAGAAGACUUGACAAAGUUCUUGGCUGCA